GCAAAUUUGAAUAUUUUUAGUAAGUAGACGGUCAGCGAUACUGUAAUUUGUUAUUAAGUGUUUUACACAGUUCUCUCAGAAUUCAGAAGGAAAUAAAACGUACCAUAAAUGUUUUAUUUCUCUUAUAGUCAAAUAAUACUGAAGAUACAACCAAUUGAAAUGAUAUUAGUUCAGUGCGAUUGGAAAAGUAUUUAAUAAAAAUCGACAAGAGAAGUGCUCUAGAUUAGCUGUUUAACUAUAUUUAAGAGUGCCGAUAUAAUCUUAAUUGUAUGACGAUCAAUAACGCUUUUGCUUCGAUUUAGAAAACAGUAUUUCUCAAAACAUUAGUUCGUUUAAUAACAUUUUUAGAAAUAUGUGGAAGGUGAUUGCUUUUGUUUCUUUAUUUUUGACAUUUAACUGUGCGAAGUGCAAUCCAAUAAAUCAUAGUGACAGUGUAAAAAACGAGAAAAAAUGCGGCUACAGUUCAUGUGUUCCAAUUAAGGAGGGAUAUGUGAAUGUUCAUUUGGUGCCUCAUAGUCACGAUGACGUAGGAUGGGUCAAAACAGUAGACCAGUUUUAUUACGGAACUAAAUCUGAUGUCUACACAGCAGGAGUUCAGUUUAUUUACGAUAGUGUGCUGAAGUCUGUCCAGAAAAGGCCAGAUAGAAAAUUCAUUUAUGUUGAAACCGCCUUUUUCUGGAAAUGGUGGCAAGAACAAGAAGAACGAGAGAGAAAUAUACUGAAGGAGUUGGUUAAUAAUGGACAGAUAGAAUUCAGGGGUGGUUGGUCUAUGAACGACGAGGCGGUAACCAAUUACCAAUCUAUAGUGGAUCAGAUGACAUGGGGACUAAGGAAAUUGAAUGACUGUUUUGGCGAAUGUGGUCGUCCAAAAAUUGGCUGGCAAAUUGAUCCCUUCGGUCACAGUAGCGAAAUGGCUUCCAUUUUCGCUCAACUUGGCUAUGAUGGCGUCAUUCUGGGUAGAAUAGAUUUCGAGGACCAAAAAAUAAGACUGGCAAAUAAAUCCAUGGAGAUGGUAUGGAGAGGAAGCAAUUCAUUGGGCAGUCCAACUGACAUUUUUACCAGCGUAUUGUAUAAUCACUACGAUGCUCCAACUGGCUUUUGUUUCGACUUAUUGUGUGGAGAUUAUCCUCUGGUUGACGACAUCAGCAGUCCUGAAUACAAUAUCGAAUCUAGGUCCUGGGAGUUCAUACAAAGACACAUCAAACCUAUGCUGAAAAGCUUCCAGUCGAGCAAUGUGCUCAUUCCUAUGGGGCGAGAUUUUGCAUACCAAAACGCAGAAAUAUGGUACAACAGCAUGGACAAAUUAAUUAAGUAUAUCAAUAACAAAGAAGAAAUUAAUGGUACGAAAUAUAAUAUAAUGUACUCAACUCCUUCAUGCUAUGCUGCCGCGGUACACCAAGAAACUCAAGGAGUUUUAACUUCAAAACUCAAAACAGACGACUUCUUUCCAUAUGCUUCUGAAAUUAGUGGAUACUGGACUGGAUACUACACCUCAAGGCCGACUUUAAAGCGCUUUGAGCGGAUGGGUAACAACUUCUUACAAAUAUGUAAGCAGUUAUAUGCUUUGGCAAAUAUAUCCAGCGUUGAAGAACCGAAAUUGGACAGUCUUAGAGAAGCUAUGGGAGUUAUGCAACACCAUGACGCAGUCACUGGUACCGAGAAGGAAAAUGUCGCAUACGAUUAUUCCAGGAUCUUGUACAAUGCGUUUGAAGAUUGUGGUGAAAUCACCAACAAAGCUAUACAAUUUCCACAGGCCAAAACUGGAGCAGUGUACGGGUUGUGGAACUGCGAUGCGGAAGGCAAGAGGGAAACCACCGCAUUAUUUUUCCCAGCAUAUCCUAUCAUGAUGGAAGAACUAUUACAAAUGGCCCCUAGUCCCGGGCAGACCUUUAAUGGUCAAGGGGUGCGAAGAAUCUCCCGGUUCCAACUUGAUAGGGAAAUCAAAAUCGCAACAUGGAAUGUAAGAACUUUGUUUGCCGCUGGCAAACUACAAAAUCUAAUUCAAGAAAUGGAGAGAAUGAAGAUCAGUAUCCUUGGAGGUGUUAGAUUUGAUAUUGACCCAUCUACAGGACUGAUAGAAAAUUGCGAAAUUAACGGAGUCAAGUUAAAUUUAAACCAAUCCUUCUGGUUUUAUAAUGGUACUAACACUUUGAGCACUUACAAUGUACGACCUUCCGGAGCAUAUAUUUUCAGACCUGAGGUUAAUUAUACAAUCAACAAAGUGUCGGAUACGGCAACGUUUGAAAUCUACAGAGGAAAAGUAGCCACCGAAGUUCAUCAGAGGUUCAACGAGUGCGUCAGUCAAGUAAUCAGAAUAUACGAAGAAGAAAAUUACUUGGAAUUCGAUUGGGUUAUUGGACCAGUGGAAAUGAAAGGUAUACAUGGAAAAGAAAUCAUCACCAGAUAUUCGACCGACCUUGAAUCUGAAAAAACUUUUUAUACAGACUCUAAUGGACGCGAAUACUUAAAGAGAAUACGCAACUUUAGACCCACGUGGAAUAUAAAUGUUACGGAGAAAGAAUCAUCAAACUAUUACCCCAUAACAUCGAAAAUAUCUAUUCGAGAUGAGAAAAGAAAUGUUGGUUUUACGGUUUUAACUGACAGGGCUGAAGGAGGAUCAAGCUUGAAAGAUGGAGACAUCGAACUGAUGGUACAUAGAAAUACUCUAGCUGAUGACCGUCUGGGUGUAGGUGAAGCCUUAAUCGAGUUGGCCUACAGCAGACCGAUUGUGGUUAGAGGAUCGCAUUAUGUCGUUGCUGGUAAAAUUACUGGCACUUCUGAAUCAGAGGAAACAAUAGCAGCCUUGGAACACAAAAUUGCCGAUGAAAAGCUUCUAGAUUCUUGGGUAUUUAUUUCGAUACCUAAAGAGAAGUCAUUCGAAGAAUACCAAAAAGAACACAACAUGGAAUUCUCAGGUUUGCAAAACUCAUUGCCUGAUAAUGUGCAUAUUAUGACCCUGGAACCAUGGAAAGAAUCCAGUUAUUUACUCAGAUUAGAGCAUACUUUCGAAAAAAACGAAGACCCUACUCUAUCGCUACCAAUUGAAGUCAGUUUAAAGGAUUUGUUUACAACGUUCGACAUUAUAUCUCUGGAAGAAACGACUCUAGGAGCCAAUCAGCUACUCAGUGAAAACGACAGGCUGAAAUUUAGCUCUACCGAUCAGCCAGAAACAAGCCAAAAACCUGUUAGUGAUGACGACCUAGAUAACUUAAUUGUAACUAUGAACCCAAUGCAAAUACGCACUUUUAUAGUUAGUAUUCAAGCAAAAGUUUAGGUCGAUUAGAAUUAAUUAUUAAGAAAAUGUAAUAUACUUUUUUAUUUUUAUUGAAAUAAACAACUUUAAGAAGUAA